CUGGUAAGGAACCUUAGAACCCUAGUUAAUUGACUCACGGACCAGCCCAGGCCUUGACUCCUGAGGCUGCUGAACUAACCUGAGCUACUGUGGCUUAGCACAGCCCUGAUAACACUGUGAUGAGUUAAUUAGGCCCUUUUAGGGCUCCGGAUAGCUGUGGGGUAUUGUCCACUCUAAUGCGGCAGCAUGUGGCAGUUGCUGCCACCAACGGCUCUGCUACUUGUAGUUUCAGCUGGCUGGCAGAGUGAUCCCCCAAAGGCUGUGGUGUCCCUAGACCCUCCAUGGUACAGGGUGUUGGAGAGGGACAGUGUGACUCUGAAGUGCCAGGGGACCAGCAUCCUUGAGGACAAUUCCGUACAGUGGUGGCACAAUGGGAGCCUCAUCUCAAGCCAGUCCUCCAGCUACCUCAUUGGAAUGGCUAGGGCUAAGGACAGUGGAGUGUACAGAUGCAAGACACACCUCACCAAGCCCAGUGACCUAGUACGGCUGGAAGUCCACGUUGGCUGGGUGUUGCUCCAGGCUGUUCAGCAGGUGUUCCAGGAGGGGGAGAAGAUUCAGCUGCAGUGCCACAGCUGGAAAGACAAGCCUUUGCAUAAGGUCUCAUAUUUCCGGAAUGGCAGAGCCAAGCAGUUUUCUCAUCCGAAUCGCAACUUCUACAUUUCAAAUGCAACACGCAACGACAGUGGCUCCUAUUUCUGCAGGGGGCUUAUUGGCAAGAGAAAUGAGUCUUCAACGUCUUUAAACAUCAUCGUUCAAGGUCCAGCAGGUCCAUCCAUCUCUCCAUCUUGGCACCAAGUCUUUUUCUACCUGCUGACGGGUUUGCUGUUUGCAGUGGAUACGGGCCUGUAUUUCUUUAUGCAGAGAAACCUUCGAAGCUUAAUGGAGGACUGGAGGAAUCACAAAGUCAAACGGAACCAGGACUCUCAGGGCAAAUGACCCCUCAUCCCAUGGGGUAAUAGCAGCAGUAGCAGCAGCAGCAUCUCUGGGCCUCUCUCUAUAUUCACAACCCCAUCAGCUCCAAAAGUCAUAUCUGAAAGCAGCUGGAGAAAUACACCUCAGAGUCUAGCCUGAAGGCGCUUAACCCAACCUUCUAUUUUCUCUUGGUUUCCAACGAAAGGAAGGGCCUGUGAUCUUCAGGAACAAACAGCGGAGUCCCAGUAAGUAGCUGUGUUCCCAGGAAUUGAGGUCUCAGAGCUAAACAGACAUUUUCUCUGUCCCUAGCAUUCCUUCACAGCAAAGCAACAACAUGGCCUCCAGACGGGGUAUAAACAUUGUUCAAAAAAAUAAAUGGAUAAGUAGAUAAGUGAAUUCAUGGUUGAGGCAGGGCCACCUGGUCAGUUGGUCUGGAUCUACUGCUCCAGGGUUGGUUGCUUUCAGGCUAUCCCAAAUCUCUCUCCAGUCAGAGUGUAGGGACUGCUGGAGUCUAGGAGAAACACCAGAACCAACAAAGAAGCUGACCGAGAAAGGGUAGGGCAGUCCAGGAUAAACCAGGGAGGUCCCCCAGGCCCAGAGAUAAGGCUGUCUUCCUAGAACACCAACCAUGGUUGAAGUAACAGGAAAUCACAGGGGUGACGUAGAAUUAAGUUUGCAGUGGAGUCCCUAUCAGAACUGUAAUGUUCUUUGCGUAUAGAAUAAGGAACCCUUUAAUGUUCUUCAUUAUAUUAAAAGUGUUGUGAGUAGAAAAGGGACUGGGAUUGGGAAUGUGGGGGUAUGGGGGACGUUUGGAAAAGCAAGCACAGAAAAAAUGGGUGUCCAAAGGAAGGAGCACAGCAUUGCUUUCUCAAGUUAAGCUAUGUGAACAGAGGAGAGCUCAGGUUUUGAGCUGAGAAAGUAUGACGAGAAAGCAUCACAACUGUACAGGAAUGAAUGGACAGGGAGUGAAGAUUUUUUUUUUCCUUUGGUUAGAGUAGUAAGAAUUAUAAAUCAUAAAUUAUAUAUAAUCUGUAAUUAUCAAUUACAGGCAUUAUAAAACCAGCUUUACUGCUACAGUAUCUAACUUGAGUAUAGCUUUGCUCUGGUCAUUUAUGCAACAAAUGUUGGAUCAUCAUGACUGAAUAUAUACUGAAGUCCACUGAGUUACAUUAUGAAAUUCUGAAAUCCCUCAGCAUGUCAGCAACAGUCGGGUGGGUAUGGAGAAGGCAAUCGUUGUUGAUGGAAGAAAAUUAUAGCUAUCUCUUUCUGUUUUAGAAGCUUUAAGCAGAACACUUGUUGAUUUUAAUAAAGCAUUUUAGAAGAUCUUGCGUGUCACUUACUCUCAGACAGAACAUGGAAAAACCAUGGUGAUGAAACAUGACUGAAAAGGUCCUUUUUUUCUUCUCAUUGCCCAAAACUCUAUCAGAGAUUUGUUUGGGCUGAUGGGUAUCCUAGUCAUUUAGUGCUGCUGUAACAGAAAUACCACAAGUGGAUGGCUUUAACAAAGAGAAAUUUAUUCUCUCACAGUAUAGCAGACUAACAAGUCCAAAUUC